AUGGAAGGCCAAUUGGAACCGAAGGAAACUGUAAAUAAUUCGGUGAAAAGAGAGUCAAUUGAUUUAGGUAGAUCAGACGAAGUUUUGAGUUCUGAUAAGUGGGAAAACCCUGCCAACUUUACGGAUUUGCAGUGUGGAAGCACUGGCUCUGACAUGAGCAUAGAAGAAAAGAUGGCGUUGAACAAAAAACGCAGGCGUCUAAUUUUCGAAGAAACUCGUGAAUUGAGGAAAAGAAUAUAUCCUCUGGAAUUCGAAGCAUACAAGGACUACUUUAUCUUGGCAAAAUUUCAAAAAGGCGUUUCGGCAAGCGGGAGGGUUGGCUGUGGUGAAAAUCGGACCAAGAGCACUGGAGUCUACUAUGAAAAGAUUACUAGAACAGGCGAAAAUGGAACAAACGUUCACGAGAAUUUGCUGGACAGUGACGAUGAAAAGCAGAAACAACGAGCAAAUAGACGUUCAACUCGCUCCCAAAUAACAAAGCUGAAACAGGAACCGUCAGACACAGAUCCAUUUUUGCAACUGUCCCCUCCUUCACUGAAUACUGCAGCCACCUUCUUUGACACUAGCAUAUCAGCAAGCAGUAUCAUACCAUCAAAUAACGUCGACACCAAUUUUCGAAGGUCCUCUCGUCUUUCGCAAAGAGAGCGUGAGAUUCUUGAAAAAAAGGCGAUGAAACUCGAAGAAGCAGGUUUCGCAGAUGCGGUCCCAAAAAUUGUGGAUCUUUUUGAAUCUAUUAUACCCAAAACCAUGAAUCCGGUUAGAAGGUCUGACUGGCUCUUACCAAAUAAAAACCGAUUCAUACCUGAAAAGUUUGCCCCUGUAAAACAUACACCGGAGCAGAUCAAGAUUAAUGACCUAAUUCACAACACCAAGAUACGCAAAAUCAUGAAACGCUUUAAAGGUGGUUUAGCAGGCGUAAGGAAAAAAGACUGGAAAUAUGUCAAGGAUGUCAACCAUGCGGACAAAAGUAGCAUAUGA